AUGCCUAAACAACCCAAAGUCGAACACAACAUUGAUCUACAAUGCACGCUCUGCCCGAAGAACCCGAAGUUCUCUGAUGUCUCCCAUCUCCUGACACAUAUAUCUUCCAAAGGACACUUGGCACAUCGUUUCAAACUUCAGAUUCGUGCUCAAGGCGAAUCGGAAGCUAAAGAGGUUCUCGAUAAUUUCGACUUCUGGUACCGAACCAGCGAUCUGGACACUUUACUGUCUGAACGCCUUGCUGCCAAAGAUCAGAAGAAAGCCAAGAAGAGCAGAGCAUCUAAUGCUUCCACAACUUCUACAACUUCCAUCAAGCAAGAGAAAGAGGUCGCGCCAGCUCCAGCGUCUGCACCAGAAGCUCCGAUGUUUCGAGCACCCGUCCCUGGCAUGCAUCUUUUGCCAGCUCCGCCAAGAGCCAACAGAACACCAUCAAUGGCAGCUGAAGACUGGGAAUCCAGCGUCUACUCUACACCUACAGCAAGACGCCGCAUCCCCAACUUCACUCGAGCAGAGACUCCAAUCGGCGAUAAAGUUGAUCCCAAUCUCGCAACACCAUGGAAGCCAGAUCCUGAAGAUGAGGACGACGAAAGUGACAAGAAGAGUGGUGAGAAGCUCACUGAUAGUGCCAAACUAAAGGGAGUUCUCUGGCCUGGUAUGGACCUCUUCGAUUCUGCUACGCCAGAUAUGAAGAGAUUGAGAAAUCAAAAGAAGGAUAACACCGUCAUUCAAGGCAUGAUUGCUACUUCACGGGCCGUUGAGCCAGCCGAGAUCAGCUACCACGCAAAUGGGGAGUUCCGAGCAUCCAGGUACAUCUUUGGUCCACUGUCAAAUGAGAACAGCCCCACCAGAUCUGUGUCUCCUAAGAAGCGUCGUGCAGCUCGCAAAGUAGCUCCUGCACUCAACGACCUCAGCGUCAAUGCUCCUCGGCUUCGUGCUUCACGUGGCCGAAAAGCUGCUGCUGGAGAAAGUCCUCAGAAGUCUGGUGCGUCCUCAUUGGCUCAAGGACCACCAGUAUUCCUCCAGCCUGCUCCUGCUCUCAAUCCUUUGGCUAUGGGUCUGAACAAUCGUCGAUUCCAUCCAAGUACAGAAGAGGAGGAAGAAUUCAGGCUGACUGUUGGGGGAUUGGGACUUCAGCAAGAUGAACGCAAGAAGAGAACCUUCACAAUCUUCCAGGAAGCUCCUCAAAUCAGUCCAGGCCGCACCGAAACACCUUUGGAAGAUCAUGGGUAUGCCUUGAACCACGGGCCUCAAAGUUUCACGACUAAUUAUUCCAGAUUUGACUUUCCGAAUCAUGGUCUGCCAAACUAUGGCGGCCCAUCGAUGACCUCCGGCCCUUUCCAAGUAUCUCCAACUCCUGCAUCAAAGCCCGCGUCAUACGGCUUUGGCAAGGAGAAUGGUCAAAUAGACAUGCAACAUCACCACCAGGCUCGUCGUACUCUAUCGGAAUCCCACGUCUACCCGCCACAGGUUUUCUAUGAUACCUCCUACAAUCCUCUCUACAAUCACGCUUAUGCUCGUUCUUAUGCAUACAGCACUCAGUUCACCUUCAGCGAGAACAAGUCUCCUAGCGGAUUCAACCCCAACUUCUUUGGUGCUCCCAGUACCUACAAGCUUCAAGCUAGUCACAUGUCCCAAGUUCCUCAAUCUCAAGGCCCAACGAUGGGAUCCGGCAACAGUGCAACUCAGAGCAAUGACGCUUUCGGCAUGUGA